CAACAAACCAAACAUGAUCUUCAACGACGAUGCUACACAUUCUGCCAUACUUGAGGAAACGAUAACGUUUAAGCGUCUCGGUGGAGGGACUAUUGUAGAAAAUACAACUGGCGAUAUGCUUCGCAACGUGGAAUUCAUGAAAAAACUUUCUGAAGAGACGGAUGUUCACAUUGUAGCUGGAACCGGUUUCUACUUGGAAUCAGUUCACCCCAAGGGUAUGGAUACCUUUAAGGUGGAGGAUAUAGUAGAGAUGAUGAAAAUGGACUUUCUGGUCGGAUGUGACGGGACAGACAUCAAGUGUGGAGUUAUAGGAGAAAUCGGAUGCUCUUGGCCAUUACAUGUAAAUGAAAAGAAGUGCCUGUUGGCCACGGGGGAGGCUCAGGCGGAACUUGGCUGUCCUGUUAUCAUCCACCCUGGGCGCCAUAGCCAGUCCCCAGCCGAGGUCGUCCGAAUAUUACAGGAGGCCGGAGGAAACGCUGAACAUACCGUGAUGUCACAUCUGGACAGAACUUUCCAUAAUGACGAGGAACUAUUGGAAUUCGCGGGACUAAGAACCUAUCUAGAAUAUGAUCACUUUGGUAUUGAGAUAGCGGACUGGCAGUGCGACCCGACCAUCGACAUGCCAAACGAUGGAGAGAGAAUACGCAGGAUAAAGAAAUUGUUUGCCAAUGGUUUUAACAAGGUGGUGAUCGCACACGACUUGCACGCCAAGCAUAUGCUGAAUAUUGAUGCCUUCAUGCCAUCGACUUUUGCAGCAACAUAA